AUGGAGCUACCAUUCGUAUAUAUCGACCAACUAGAGCAGAAUGUGGACAUAAUCAAUGUAGGAAAGUUCCUUAUUCAAGCACGCAGAAUAUUAGCGAGCGGGGCAGUUUCGGAUGAAAUGAAGAAGAAUAUCUUCGAAAUUUCGAUGGAUUGCAUCAGAAACGUGAAUCAGUACUAUAAUGCAAAAGAGAAAGAAACACAGCUGACAAAGAGGGACGCAGAACUAGAUGAAAUGUUACAUCAAAUGGAAAGAGAACUGGCCGUGAAAGAACGCAUUAAUAACGAGCUAAGCUCAUCGAUUGAAGAGAAGAAACUUAAGGUCCGAAUAUCGCAGAUGGCGAUUGAACGAUCACGAGAGAGAACCAGAGAUCUUCUUCGUCAACGCAAGGAAUUAGAAGAGGAGAAUAAGAAGUUGACUGAACAGCUUGAACGAGACUCAGCGGCGUGGGCUCGCUCCCUACAAAUUGCUUGCGAGCAAAAAGAUCGUCUGAAAGCGCUUAUGGAUCUUUCACCUCGUCUAGCCAGACAAAACAAUGAGAGGGACGCUGUAUGUGCAUUGACGAAUCGACUGGAGGAAUUGCUUGGUCAGAAGAGUAAUUUGCAAAAGGAUGAGGAGAGGCUUAAAAAGGAAUUGGAACUUCAAACUGCUACUCCGCUUCGAGUGUACAUGGUGAAUUUCGCCAAAGUCACUUUGCGAACUAUGGAAAUGCAGGAGAAAUUAAGGGAAGCCAGAAAGAUUUACGACCAGUUGAAGGCUGAAGAAGCUGAGAGACGCCAGAAAUUUGGCGCAUCCGACUAUGAUGUUUUCGAUGCCUCGUUUAUGUCCUUGGAUUUAUCAAUGAGAAAGAUGCAUGGCAACCUGCAAAAGACCGAGCUGCCAAGAAAUAUUCUACCCUCUGUGCUAGAAGCCACAGAGGACGAGUCGGGAAGCGCAGAGACAGCUACUACUGACUGUUCUCGUAGUUCGCCGCUUGCUGAACCGCCCCGUACCAGUAGCCAAGAUAUUAUUAUGGCACGCACAACUGCUGUCAAGAAAUAUGUGGAGCAACAGUCAGAAUCGGUGUCUGGUGGUCUUGCAGUUGAAAGGGAUGACACUGAUUCGGGAGAAAUGACCCGUGAUGAAGACGAACGUAUGUCAGUGUGUGAUCAGGAGCGUACUCUUCCUUCAUCUGGAGUGGACGUUGAGAUAUCAAGUGCCAGUGGUACGGAAGGUGGUAUUCGAACAGAAGAUGCCAACAUGGACGACACUGUCGAAGAGGAAAUUACGCAGAAUCAGGUUGGCGGAGACGACGAUUUCUCCGAUGAGGAUGCCGCCAUGAAUGUCACAGUUGAGGAUUGUGAAAAUAAUGGCACCACGGAGGAAAAUGAUUUGGAUGAGAAUCAACGGAAUGAAGGACAUUCAUCUCCUCGGCGUCCAACUCCACUAGAACAAAAAGCCUGGUUCCCUCAAGAUCUUAUCUCGAACGAGACGGUUAGAUCCCCUCCUUCGCAGGAUACUUCAUGCUCCAAGAAAUUGCAAGGAAGUCAGGAAAGUGAACUAUCAUCUCAAAAACACCAUCAAGCAUCUCUUCUUUUGCGUACACCUCUUCGGCGAAAAGCGCCCACUCAUAACCAAGAUAAAAGUUUAUCCGGUACGCCUGCACAAUCGCAGCGCAGUGAACAUAGCCAGGAGAACGUCGGUUUCUUCAAUUCGUUACUCAACAGAGAGUGCUCCCCAGUACACGAGGGCGUUCCAUUCAGUUUCAGCGGAAACGAAACCGACAAAGAUGACUUUGAUCCUACUGCCGCUUUAAACAUAAGUACGCAUAGCAAUGAUCCAGGCGCAGAUUUCUUGUCCUUGAUAGAGUCAGCAAAUGAAAAGAGGGUUAAUGAGCGUCAAGUAAACUCUUCAGCCAAUGAAUUUUCUUUCUCUUUGUUCGGUGGAGCCGCCGAUGGGGCUGCCUCCAGCGGAUCGGACGGCGAAUUUGCGUUCGAUUUUGGUAAUCCAUCGCAAACUGAUGAUGGAAAUGGUGAUAUCACGUUCCAGUUCAAUUUUGGUGCACCUUCCGACGAACAAACUACAGGAAACGAUGAGGCAUUCAGUUUCUUCCGUUUUUGA